GAAAAUUUAUCAUAAUUUCAGUUUGACAAAUAAACUGAUAAAUGAUGAUUUUUUAUCAGUAUGAUGGGGGCAUGCAGACUGUGUCAAAGAAUUAGAAAGAAGUUGUUAUCUACAGCCAAGACUGCCUUGUCACUACCAGUGUGACCUUGGUUGUGCGUUGUGAUAGUGGUUUUAAUGAUGACCACUCAUAGACUGGUUUUCAAAGGUGUGUGUCUGUCAGUGAACAUUUAUGGCAAAAGGUAACCAGUCUGGGAUGGAAAAGCCCAUUUUAAAGGGUUACUGCCCCUGUAGUUGUGUUGGGAAGUGGGUAAAUGUUUCCCCGAGCCCGGCAUCCUGGGAGAGCUUGGGUGAUGCGUGUCACGAUAUCUGGCGGUGCUUGAACACCCCGGGAUCUGCGGACCAGAGGCUCGUCAUACAGCUUUCCUUGCCUUGUUCCACGCAUGUCCGCAUUGACAUUGACAAUGUGAAAGCCGCAGGGGUGUUGUGUGUACUCGGCAUCAGUUUUGGAAUUGGUACAUACGUUCUCUACAAAAUCUAUGACCGUUUCUUCCGACCUAAGUUCCGACGCAAGCCCCCGCCCCGAAGCGAUGACGACAUUAUCAAGGAGAGUGAGGCUGAGAUGGGGAACCAGGAGUCCUCACUGGCGGACAUCCCUGUCUACUACCGAGCCGGCAUCGGGGUUUCUCUCUACCAGCCCCCACACUCCCCCAGUCUGCGCAACCGUAAGACCCACCCCACCAAGCUUACAUCACACAACACUGAACACAUCAAAGGGAAUCUCACUCGUGGGAAGAAUGGUCUCACAGAGACACAGACGCUGUUAGGGGGUCAGAUCAGGGAGGGGCUGCCUGGGGAACAGCAAGGUAAAGAUGGCGGAAUAAGGGUCAGGGACCUCGGGCAGCUCAGAAUCGAGAUUGAUGAGAGUGGUUAUGUAGAAGACGAUGGGGGUGAGGAUGGGGGUGAUAGGCUCAGCAAUUCCCUGAAAGGCAACUUCAGCCCUACCUCCCUGUGCGAGAAGAAUUUCAAACUAUACACAGAUUCCGAAAAUCAUUUCAAUUCUAGUGCGGUUAAUGACAAUCACAGUGCCAAAAGCGUGCCAGAUCACCUGUUUGUGGACCCACAUAUUGGCACUAGCAGUGCCCUACUAACUCCUCCAUCGGAAGAUGAGUUUACAUCCUCCAGCAAUCAGUUUGUGCCAUCCAAAGGUAAAGUCAAUGAUCAGUCGACCAAGUCAGAUGUGUCUGAUUUACAUAGUGAAGUUGCUGACCCAACAGGGACUGAUGAGGAAAGGGAACAGUUAUCCCCCUUGCCAUAUGAUAAGCCAGUAAAUAAGUCACCUGAACGAAGUGUGUGUCCACAAAAGUUGAAACUGAAGCUGAGUGAGAUAGCUUCACAAAGUAAAAGUGUGUCAUUAAAUUCUAGUUCACGGUCUUCACCAGAGUCUUUCUCCCAAGGUCAUAAAAGGACUGGGUCAGGAAGUGAUAGAAACAGUAUAUCUGGGAUCAGCUCGCCGGAACUGGAAUUGCUUAAUUCUGAACAUAGUGAGGGUCCUGUUGUAUAUGCAAGUACAUUCAACACAAUUGAGAAUGAAAUUCACGGUGUUGAAGAUGAGUUUGAUACCAUCAGUAAAGAAAUUCAAGCUUUAUCUAACAAAUACUCUACAUUACAAACUGACCCAGGACAAGAUAUUUUAAAAGAAAUUUUUCAAAGAUAUCCAUCCAUCCGUGUCAGACAAUUUGAGCAUGGAGUCUUCUAUGAUAACGACCCUUCACAAGACUCGCACAGUACUAGUGAGUCAAGAAGUCAGAGUGAGUCGAGAAACAAGAGUGAGUCAAGGGCGACCAGUGAGAUGGGUGAUGGUAGUAUAGACCUGUCAUGGGACGUUGAGAACAUGAUGGACCUGGUGUACACAGAGGGGUCUGACCAAGGGGCACCAAUCCCCACUGGGAACUGCAGCCUGCCCCCAGGAACAAAUGGCGGGAUAGGGACGACCUCCUUCAACACUAGCUCAAUCAACUGCAGCGUGGAAUUGGAUGGUAGCCUGUACGAGGAUGAGUUCCAUCUACACCUGGGAACAUCAACUCUCUCAAAAAUAGAGGAACAGCUCAGUGAGCCCCAGUCAUUGAAUGGAAGCUCCGACUUUAAUGCACAGCUCAAUGAUGCAACUAUAUGUGCACAAUCCAUGGACUCCACCACAAGUUUACAAACCAUAGACUCCAACACAAGUGUACAAAUGAUAGACUCCACCACAAGUUUGAAAACAGUUUGCAAUGAGUCCUUCCUGGAUGGUAGUGAGGUCCUUGAAGAGUAUAAUUACGAUCAACACCAUGUAACUGAGGCCCUGCAAGAGGCAGACAACAACAAGGCUGCCGUGAAUGAGGUUCAGAACAGGGAUGUUACCAGUGAGAGCAGUGACACAUUCAGUACCGCCCCUCUUGCCUCCCCCAUCAGUGACACCACUGCACUGUCUACACACACAAACAGCUUACCCUCGGCUAUGUGCACAACUGACUCCAAUGACUCCAAUGAUGGCCAAGAGGAGGUCACUGUUCCACAGCAAUCCCCAUCAUUGAAUAAUGUUGGAGAGCGAGUGGAGAUCAAGCAGUACGCAGACAGUGAGUGGCGCGGUGAUACGCAGAAGGCUAAUACCCUCAGACAGGCAUACCGAGCGAUCCCAGACCACUGCAAGUGUUGCUACUUGAGGCGUAUCAGGGGGGACAACUACUGUGGUGUUCGUGGCACACUCUUCCAGACUCUCACCAAUGCAUUACCUCCCCUGCACCUUUGGGCUUCCAAGGACUCGACACUACAGCAGCUCACCUCGGCCUACCACAACAAAUCAUCAGGGAUACGCAAAUGGACCUUUGCAAAACGAAUCUCAUACACAAAGGAAAACAAACUGCACAUUAUGCAAAACUGUUUGUCAACACUAUAUGCAAUGAUGGAGACCCUGGGGGAACAUUCCACAUACACAUCACGGGCACAGGAGUUGGUCACCUUGCUAAACUCUGACCCUGACCUUGACCUUCGCCUAAUGGAGGGGGCCAAACUGCUGAUGGCGCUCAGUGCCCUCCAACUCCAUGGCAACAUGGAGCAGGGGGACAACGUGCCUGUGUUCGCAUGGCUGCUGUUUGCGAGGGACAGCUCCCAGAAUGUGGCGGGCUUUGUGAGGAACCAUCUGAACCUGGUUGGACAAUCAGGAGGGCUCGAACAGGUGGAGAUGUGCCUGCUGGGAUACAGCCUGGGUGUGCGUAUCCGGGUGUUACGUCUUCACCAAUUCCACGAGGAGGACUUUGUGGCCUAUUUCCCAGAGGAUGGAACAGACUCCUGGCACUGCGUCACCCUGAUUGCUGAAGAUGACAGACAUUACAAUGUCCCAGUGCUGUGAUAUACUGACCAAAAUAUUUUUAAGUUGUGUGUAGAUUCCAAUUUAAAGCUGGCUGCAUAAUAGUUGUUUGUCACAAGCAAACCGACAGUGGCCAAGCACAUAGAAUAUACCAAUAUGGUCCAUUAAACACUCUGUGGAACUGGAAGCCAAACAACCUGACAGUGGCCAAGCACAUAGAAUAUAUGAGUAUGGUCCAUUAAACACUCUGUGGAACUGGAAGCCAAACAACUCAAGAAUGUGACAAUGUUUUAACAAGAUUGUCUUAGAAUAAUGAUGAUACCCCUACGUUUCCUAGUAAAGCAAUAUAAUAAGGUUUUAAUACUGCCCAAGGUAGGACCUUUUAAAAAGACAAUCCCCAGACUCCAUUUUUCAGAUCCUUGUUUUGCCAUUUUAGUCACAUGCAUGCUUUGCAGUUUGAUAGGACCACCUCUGAAGUUGUGUUUCCCCACAGGAGUUGGGUUUCAGAUGAAUCAGCUACUGGCUCCUGUGGUUUCUUUCGUAAUCUUCUCUCCAGUUGUGAGAGAAGGUGAAAUUUUAAGAUGACAUCAUUAUGUUUUGAACAGUCUUCAUUCUUAAGUUUUAACUUAUUGCAAAAUUGUGUAAGACACUGCCGUUUAAUUUGCUGCUUUUAUGAAUAUUUUUAAAUUUUUGCAUGCAAUAGAAGUUUUUUUAUGAUUGCGUAAUGGAUAAACUUAAAACUAAGAAAUUCAAUUAUUCCUAAUGGAUGGCAAGCUUAUCUUAAAUUAUAUGCUAUGAAAACAUGGCUCUGAAAGAACAAAGUAUCGUCUCUGUUUGCAUAAAGGUGUCCUUGAUCAUUUUCAGAUUGUGGUUCUAUCAUCUCUCGAAUAAUUCUUGCUACUUUUUCGAGUUUAAGUGUGAAACUUUUUGCUAGAUAUUUAAUGAUACUAACCAUGAAUUAACCAUGUAAAUGGAAAUCUGAAUGUUCAAAGAAACUCUUUUUCAUGUAUUUUACAACUUGAAAUGAAAAUACCACUGCUUAACAGCUGUUCAACUGUGAUAUUCAUUUUUAGUUAACACUUGUUUAUGAGUGCCGAGAAGGGGGACACAGAUACUGUGACAUCUCAUGUUUUAGCACAUACAGUCGAAACCAUUGGCUUGAUAUCCCAGGGACCAGCUGAAUACUUCAAGCCUCGCAAAUAUCAAGCCAAGUGCUUACAUAGAGUGAAAAAUAUGGUCCUUUUCAUCAAGUUCAAUGAGGAAAUGGAGCCAAGCUAUACUGAGCCAUCCGGUUUCGACUGUACAACCCUUUAUGGCAUGCUGUUCUAUUUCACAUUGUAUACUGUAGUCAGUGUAGUGUUUCGUGUUAAGUAGCAAGUAGUAGAUGGGCUUAGUUUAUUAGGUUUAACAUUCCUGACUUAGUUUUUGUUGAAGUUCCUGCUUUGUAAAUGCUGGUCAUUUAUUUAUUGAUAAUAUUGUGUUCACAAGUUCAGUUAUUCUGUACUGGAUUCAAAGGAAUAAUUCGUUCAAGCUUGAUGAAAAGAUGUGAAAUUAAAUAAUUUAUCCACCACAGAAUUGACCUUCUUUCAAUAAUCUGAUGCAUAAUACAAUGUAUUAAAAUACUACUUAAGGAUCUUUUCCUUCAUAAUUAGAUUAAACUACAUUGCCUUUUCCGGUGCUAUACCUUUGUACAUGUAUUUAUUAUAAUUAUUUUUAGUUUAUUUAUAGGUACUUGUAUAUUUUCUGUAUAAGUCAUAUCACUGUACCAGGUAUGAUUUAGUUAAGAAAUGAUCAUAGAGAGUUUGUCACUCUGUCACAGUGUGUUCAUUAUUACAGUUUUAUUGUAAUUGUGAGUCUACCAAUCCAUGCUGUUACCAUGUUCUUCACCAUUGAAAUAUGGGGUUAUAGGAUAUGAAGUUGUCUGUUAUGAAUAAAAAAAAAUGUGAUAGCAAUAAAAACAA